AUGACGGAGUUGAAUGAAGUCAAGGUUGAAGCCCUCUUGGGCAUCAUCAACUCCUCCGCACGCGAAGCAAUGGCGGAAUACAAGAACACUGGUCAUGGAGUCCUGGUGCUCGAGGGCGCAUGCGACCAAUUGAACACAAUACUAGCUCCCUCUCAAUACACGGUAUUUAAUUUUGUUAAUGAUUACGAUUGUGCGUGCACAGACGUCGCUGUGCAAUCACGCAUUGCGGACGUCUUGGACAAAUACCCAGAAGGUCUUGGUGUGGAUGCGUUGGCUGACGCAGUGAACCUCGAUAAGAUUAAGACCGCACGCAUCUUGCGAGUUUUAGCCCUCAGGGGUUGCUUCAAAGAAGUUAAGCGAGACGUAUUCGCAAACACACGACUCUCCCUCAUACUCAAGUCAACAAACAACGUUUGGUGUCAUCUACAACAUCACCAACAAUUCCCCAAAUACGCUGCGGUUCUCUAUGAGACUAUGAUCGACCAAGAGUUUGCAAAAUCGGACAAGGAUGAGGCACGCGAUAUUAUCCUUGGGACAAUGUAUCCUCUGGUGGAUGUUGGAUCUGGAAUCGGAGCAAUGUCUAUUCCUCUGGCGAAAAUGUUCCCCCAUCUCAGAAUAACCAAUCAGGAUCUCCCAGAAACUAUAGUGCAGUCAAGAAAUUUAAGUCCAGACAUCAGGUCCACACCCAACGGGCAAGUUAUAUUAAUAUUUGAUCAGGCAUGGGAGAAGAAUGCUCCUGAGGCGCUGCUCGACGGGCGCGUAGAGUUCGUGCCAGUCAAUUUCUUGGAAGAGUCACCCGUUGUUGGAAAGGAUGUCUACUAUUUAAGGAACAUUGUUCACGACUGGCCAGACGAUGAGUCAAGGGUGAUCCUCCAUAAUAUUCGCAAAGUAAUGGAACCAAACAGCCAAGUGCUAAUUCAUGAAUGCGUGCUCUUGCGCACAUCCGAAGGGCCUGACGUAGGGGCUAACGGGUUUAGUAAGGAUCACAAGGCGCCCGAACCUACAUUGUUGAACUUCGGUAGUCACACAUCAUACCACCUUGACAUGACCAUGGCCAGUGUUGGUCUAGUGCUCACCCAAAUUUAUGAUCCUGUAGGGACGAUGGUCUUGGAGUUCAGAAUCGCUCAGGACUGAAGCCGAACACAAUCUAUGAUCUUCAAGUUCUGUUGUUGUACUUUUACCUUCCCCAAUUGAUCAUGCCAUGAUCUAACCAUUGAAGACGACAAUGACAAAGGAAACUUUGCUCUAAUAUAUCGAUCGCGAUCGAUCAAGACCAAGCCGGGCCUUACAGUUGAUACUUGAAGCUUCCCUAGUGGUUCCAUCAAAAGCUUCUGCCCCUGC